UCACCCACUUCUUCAUCUGCCACGUCAUCAGCGCCAUCAUCCACAUCGUCAAUACGUGCACGUCGUAACUGGUCGGUUUUCUCAGAACGUCUUCGCGAGACUCUUGAUAAAUCACGCAAGUCGUCGUCGUCGUCCACUGCUGACUCUUUGAUACUGUUUGAUGUGAAAUGUGACAUUGAUUGCAUGUGGAUUAAUCAGAGAGACAACUCAUCGUUCGAUUCUGAUUUGGAUGAUUUUUGCGGCGAUGAUUCUCAUUUGAGGAUUUUCAAAUUUUUCCCGCCCAAAAAGGAAAUAUCCCUGCAUUCGCUAGCAUCUGGUUUCGACAACACUGGAAAUGUGAGAAUUUGGCCUGGCAGUGAAGCACUGGCAUGGAUGAUUCAGAAGCAUUAUUCAACUCUUUUAGCACCAGGGAACAGGAUCCUUGAGCUUGGUGCUGGAUUUCUGGGCCUCUCUAGCUUCCUGAUUGCCAAACGAUUUCCCGAAACUACAGUAUGGAUAACAGAUGGGAAUAUGGAAUCUAUCAGCUCGCUAGAACAGAUUCGAAUGGCCAAUCCAAAUCUACUAGAUCGGAUUCAUGUCCGUCAGUUGAUAUGGGGUGAAGACCUACUAGAGACGGCAAGAUUUAAUACUAUUCUGGCUGCGGAUUGUGUAUUUUUUACGGAGUACCACGAGUCGUUGAUGAAGUGUAUUCACACUCACCUGGCACCCAAUGGACAUGCAGUGAUAUCUAGCCCACGUAGGAAACAGAGUCUUCAGAAGUUUCUAGAUUAUGUGCAGGCUUCGUGGUGUGAUGAGUUUGCCGUUGAGUUGAAUACAGAUAUCAAUUCGAUUCUCGAUAAGAAGAUUGGGAGAAUUUGGAGUAGCGGUGAAGAGAAGGAUGAAAAGUAUCCAGUGAUAGAACUGAAAGGCGCUCUCCAACUCGGUGUGCUCAAAACAGCCGAUUCGGUUGCUCUACGCGUCGGUGGACGGAAUGGAAUGGAUAUGGAGAUCCAUGAAGAAGUUUUGAAUCAAGUUGCCGCAUUCGUUUGGGAUACUGUAGCCGAUAAUUGGGCAGAUGACUUGGCAAGAUUUACAGCACAUGCGGGAAGACAAAAAGUCGGUAUGGACGAUAUUGCAUUGCUGACAAGACGGAAUCCUGAUUUGGUAACACAUUCGUUAUUGUUUUUAGUUCUAACUGAUUGGGCUUUCAGCUACAAGCCGCGUGUAAACUCGCUGGAGUGGAUUAUCAGCAAGAGUCAAAUAAAACUGGAAAAGGAAGAAAGAGAAAGAAGGAUGACGCCGCUGAGUGUAUCCUCAAAACCAUCUAAGGAAGAAGAAGAAGAAGAAGACGUUACAAUCCUUGAUACUCUUCACACUCCUAACCCGUACAUGAAACGGGCAAAAAUUGACCUUAUAAGGCACACAUCAACACCAAAAGCUACGGAAAAAUCACUUAGAUUUCCUAAUGAUAUCACUCCGAUUCGUUCAACCGAUGAUGACGUUCUUGAUAUAUCGAAUCAUGUGAAUUUGAGUGCGAUUCCGGAGGAGGACGAUGAACAGGAUUCGUUUGAUGUAUUUAGGACAACACACUCGGCAGAUAAUUCUUCCAAAACUAUAACGAAUAUGUCAUCACUCGUUCGACAAGCAGAAGAACAUCAUUCGUCGAUCGUCGAGGCGACAAAAGAUCGACUUGAAAACGAAAGACUGGAGAGAAUGAUUCCGAAAGAUGACGAAUUUGAUAAUACCAGUGUGGACUCCUUCGAAAACUACAAUGCAAAUGAAGAGCCAGCUCCGGUUGAUAGAAGUGCUGGAACUCCGAAAAAUGCGGUAUUCAGUAAAAAAAUGUCCUCAUUCGCAUUCGACGACGAUGACUCUUUUGAUGAGCCGGUUGUUGUGGUGCCACCUCCGAAAACUACUCCAAAAACUACAACGAGAAAUUCAAAAAAUAAUGAGAAGCCAGUUGAAAAAACCACUCCGAAUCCGAAGUCUGCGAUAAGGAAGAACAAACCCCUACAAUUGAAUCAUGACAGUUUCGAUGAAUUCGAUUUUGACAUUUGA